AUGCACUAUUAUGGGGAGAGGUACAAACAACUGUACCUGCCGGGCUCCAGCUACGUCACCGAAAGCCACCAGCAUUGCACAUCCCAACCUGAUGCAUGCAGCACCACAUGCCACCCGCUGAGCAUCAUAAAGAGCCCGAUGCCCAGAUGGCAGAGCUACGUGCAGCCUUUCACCUACGUGUGCUCACAGCCCAGCGUGACCCACAGCAUGCUGCUGCCCUGCCAGCCCUGUGUGCAGCAGUGUGUCAUGCUGUGUCCAGAGCCCUGUGAGACCACACGUCUGCUGCCGUGCAGGAAGCCCAGCGUGCGCCUCAGCCCUGCUCGAGUUCUGCAGUCCUGUGAGAACGGCCACUUGGAGAAGAAACGCGUGGCCAAGAGCCUCCCACCCUGUGCUCCACGGUGCCCAGAGCCAGGCAAACUCAAGUUCCCACCAUGUGGGAUCAGGUAUUCAUCCUCCUGCAAGGAUGAGUGCAGGUCAAGGAAGGUCUCCAGGUGCCUGUCGCAGCGGUAUGGUGCGGAGAACCGCUGCUUGCAGGGGAUGACCAGCGGCUAUUCCCUGCCACUUCGGGGGGUCACCGAGUGCCCCCCGCAGCAGUGCGUGACACAGUGCUUCCUGGAGGAGUACAUCAGCCCCUUCCCCCACCAGAAGUGCUCCAAGGGGUACCCAACGCAGGAGUGCAUCACCACCUGCACCUCACAGCAGGUGCCCAAGUGCCCCCCCGGGAGCGGGGCGAAGGUGAGCUCAUCCCAGCAGCGCUUGGCCAAGUGCUCGCUGCUGCAGGAGGGAGCCAAGCAUAAGAGCUCGUCGACUCAGCACAUCAGCAAGUCCAAGUGCCUCCACCCAUGUGCCAUCCAGCGCUCACCGCGGCACCAUGCGGGGGAUGUGAAGCGUUCGAGCCACUCCAAGAAGAGCCGCUGUGCUUCCAAAUGUCUCUGGUGA